AUGCCAAAUGAAUAUAUAAUCCUAUUCUCUAGAGAAGGAAUCUUUAAAAUUAAAUAUUCCAAAUUAAAUAAUAUAGAAAAUAAAAUGAGAUAUAUAAUUAUUUUUAUUUUUUUAAUUCAAUGGGCUAUAUUACCUGGAUGUAAAUGCCAACAACAUGAUUUCAACACCUAUUGUGGUUAUGAAAUAGAGAGUGAAUGUGAUGACAUCAUUGGAAACAAUUUAUAUCAAUGCAUUACAACAGGUCACGCUCCAGUUUUACGUGAAGUUUGCCCCUACUCUGAAAGUCUUCCCGCAAGUUGUCAGAGCUCUCCAGUUAAUUCUCAGUGUGUUCCAAUCUCUCCGAGUUGUCUUUGUAGUGGUUCCGAUGAUCAGUGUGGAUCAAGUUUUCCAUCAUAUUGUCCUUUAAGUAGAUUUCCAUUGAGUCAUAAUCUCUACCAAUGUUCUGGUGAAGGUUCUUAUCCAAUUCUGAUGUGGUCCUGUCCAAAUGGUUGCCAUCAUCAUAAAUAUAAUGACUCUUGCAAAAGAGAACCAAAUUCGGAAUUUUUAGGAAAGAUAAAAAAAGUUGUCAUUUUGAUGCAAGAAAAUAGAGCUUUCGAUAAUUAUUAUGGAACAAUGGCUGGUGUAAGAAAUUAUUUGGAAAAACCAAGAAAUGUUUUCUAUCAACCUGAUCCAAAAGGAGUUAAUCAAUUCAAUGGAAUAAAAUCCACUGUUCCAUUUGAGAUUACAGGACUGAAUUCUGAUUGUAUUGCUGCUGGAACUAUCUCUUGGGACCAAUCGCAUAUCUCCUAUAAUGGAGGUUUAAAUAAUAAUUGGGUUAAUGGAAGCACUGCCUACGCAAUGGGAUUCUUUACAAGAACUUCAACUUUGCAGUUUUAUUUCCAAUUGGCGGAAAGCUUUACAAUUCUUGAUCAAUAUUAUCAAGGUAUAAUGGCAUCUACCUAUCCUAAUAGAAUUUUCCAUUGGAGUGGUACAAUUGAUGCAAGAGGUAAAACUCGCGUAGGACCAGUUAUUCACAAUGAUAUCAUACCCCCGCCCGAUUGGCCAACCUAUCCUGAGAUGUUGGAUGCAGCAAAUGUAACAUGGAGAUUAUACCAAGAUAAAAGAGAUGAAUUCGACUGUAACCCACUUUUUUGGUUUGAGCAAUUCCAAAUGGCUGAAAAUGGUUCAUCACUUUCAACAAAUGGUUUGAAAUAUUGGGGAAUGGAAGCUUUCUAUCAACACCUUCAAAGUAAUUCAUUACCAAAUGUAACAUGGCUUGUAGCACCUCAAGAAUUAAUUGAACAUCCAAUGAAUGGUCCACACGGUGGACAAUGGUUUACUCAACAAAUUAUCAAUUAUAUUGGAAAUGGUUCUCAAGAAGUCUGGGGUGAUAUUGCAUUCAUUCUCAAUUAUGAUGAGAGUGGAGGAUUCUUUGAUCAUGUCACUCCACCAGUUGCACCACUGGGUACCAUCGAUGAGUGGACCUAUGAUAUGAAUGGAGAAGUUUCACCAAUUGGACCAGGAGCUAGAGUUCCAUCAAUGAUGAUUUCACCAUUCUCAACUGGUAAUAAUGUCUUUGUUGAAAACACUGAUCAUACAUCAGUUAUGAUGUUCUUAGAAGAAUGGACUGAAGCAGCAGGUUAUGGUCGUGUUGAAAAUAAUCAAAUUUCAAAGUACAGAAGAAACUUUAUGUCUGAUUACACCCACUCACUUGAUUUCUCAAAGGAUGUAACAUUUCCUCUCCCAACUUAUGUUGUUCCAACUCCUGCCUUUGAUAACCAUACUCGUGAUGGUUGGAUAGCCACAGAGCAAUGUUCAGUUGUUCCAGGUGGUUUCACUAGUCCAUACGUAACUCGUAAUUUCCCACCAACGCAAUCGAUGGAAAUAGGUUUUAAAAAGGUGGUUGGACAUGAUCCAUCUAUAGGUAGAUCAUAUGUAUUUGAUAUGAACACAAGUCCAUCUGGAGGUAGUGGUGCCCUUGCAGUAAUCAAUGGUAAUUUGGGAAUAGAGCCAGUAGAUCCAUCUAAAACCACAACAAAUCAAAUAUUCCAAAUAGUACCAUCAACAAUCUAUACCGUUGGAUCUCAAAUCAAUACCACAGCCAACGGUGCCGAACAAUGUAUCUGUACCUCUGAAUCUGUAUUAACUUAUAUGAUUAUUUUGAUAUUAAUAACAUUACCAACAAGUAUCAAUAUAAUUACAACUGAUAAUAAUUUCUAUUCAAUUCAAUUGAGUAAUGGAAAACUAUUGGAACAAAACCAAUUUAAAGUUCCAGGUAAUUGUCAAAUUUUUGAUAUACUUCCAGGUGUUGGAAAUGAAUUCCAAUUCUAUGGUAUCAAUGGAACUGAUCCUGCUUUUCCAAUGAUCUUUUUAUACAAUCCAACUGAAAAUGAAUUAUCUACACAAUUUGAAAUCUAUAAAGCAUAUGAUACUGGUUAUGAAGGUUUUAUCGGCACCAAUGGUUAUGAUAAAACCAACAAUAUUGUUUAUCAAUGUGUUUAUGGUCAAUCAUCAAAUGAUCUUGGUGAUUUAGUUUUAAUUGGAAGUGAUUUCAAGAAUCAAAAUCAGUAUGGUAGAGAUCAGAUUCCAGUCAAUAAUAUCACUGUUUAUGCAUAUAACUUGACCAGUUCAAAGAUUAUUCAAAGUGUAGAGUUUACAAUUCCCAACCUUCAAAUUUAUGUAGGAUUAAGUGAUGUAAUAUAUUACAAAGGUUCCGUUUACAUUGCUACUGGUGCUCUUGGUUAUCCAUCAGUCAUUUUCCAACUCAAUAUGGAAACUAACUCAGUGACAACAGUACUCUCAGUUGAGACACCAUAUCACUCUGGAUACCUAGAACCAUUUGUAUUUGACCAAGUCAAUGAAUACAUGGCAUACAUCAACAUAGUUGGUGAUAAAUUAUACCUCUACAUGCUCGAUCUCAUAACAUUAUCAAAUUCACUCAUCAAGAUUCCGAAUUAUGUUCCAUACAAUGAUUAUUCUUACUUUAUCAGUUUUAGAUAA